GACGUAGAGCUGAGCGACCGCAACCGCGAGCGAGAUGCCGGUGGCCGUGGGUCCCUACGGGCAGUCCCAACCAAGCUGCUUCGACCGCGUGAAGAUGGGCUUUGUGAUGGGUUGCGCCGUGGGCAUGGCGGCCGGGGCGCUCUUCGGCACCUUUUCCUGUCUCAGGAUCGGAAUGCGGGGUCGAGAGCUGAUGGGCGGCAUUGGGAAAACCAUGAUGCAGAGUGGCGGCACUUUUGGCACAUUCAUGGCCAUCGGGAUGGGCAUCCGAUGCUAACCAGUGCAGUGGUUGUCCACUACAUCUACCCCCUCCCAUCAGUCCCAGCCCGUGUACCAUAAUAAAACAAUCUUUGAGUAA